CAGUGGUAGCACUAGUAGCAGUGGUAGCAGUAGUAGCAAUGGUAGCAGUGGUAGCAGUAGUAGCAAUGGUAGCAGUGGUAGCAGUAGUAGCAGUAGUAUCAAUGGUAGCAGUGGUAGCAAUGGUAGCAGUGGUAGCAGUGGUAGCAGUAGUAGCAAUGGUAGCAGUGGUAGCAGUAGUAGCAGUGGUAGCAGUGGUAGCAGUAGUAGCAGUAGUAGCAAUGGUAGCAGUGGUAGCAGUGGUAGCAGUAGUAGCAAUGGUAGCAGUUGUAGCAGUAGUAGCAGUAGUAGCAAUGGUAGCAGUGGUAGCAGUAGUAGCAAUGGUAGCAGUAGUAGCAAUGGUAGCAGUGGUAGCAAUGGUAGCAGUGGUAGCAGUGGUAGCAGUGGUAGCAAUGGUAGCAGUGGUAGCAGUGGUAGCAGUGGUAGCAGUAGUAACAAUGGUAGCAGUGGUAGCAGUAGUAGCAAUGGUAGCAGUGGUAGCAAUGGUAGCAAUGGUAGCAGUGGUAGCAAUGGUAGCAGUAGUAGCAAUGGUAGCAGUGGUAGCAGUAGUAGCAAUGGUAGCAGUGGUAGCAAUGGUAGCAAUGGUAGCAGUGGUAGCAAUGGUAGCAGUGGUAGCAAUGGUAGCAAUGGUAGUAGUGGUAGCAAUGGUAGCAUUGGUAGCAGUGGUAGCAGUAGUAGCAAUGGUAGCAAUGGUAGCAGUGGUAGCAGUGGUAGCAAUGGUAGCAGUGGUAGCAGUAGUAGCAGUGGUAGCAGUGGUAGCAGUGGUAGCAGUGGUAGCAGUAGUAGCAAUGGUAGCAGUGGUAGCAGUAGUAGCAAUGGUAGCAGUGGUAGCAGUAGUAGCAAUGGUAGCAGUGGUAGCAGUGGUAGCAGUGGUAGCAGUAGUAGCAAUGGUAGCAGUG